CGGUCUGGAGGCUUAGGCGGCGGUGCUGGGACCGCGAAUUUGCCGCUAGACGCGCGAUCAUUGGAGCUGAUCUCUGAGCUUCCGCUUGUGGCUUGCGGGGAAGGAUGGAGCGGCACCGGCAGCGCCUGCAUCACUUGGCGCACGGCUCCUCGGCCGGGGCCCCCUACCCCUCUUCCGCCUCGCUCCGCGGCUGCAGGGAUGGCAAAGUGCCGCGCCGGAAGGACGCCCAGCACCGUCCGCCGCCUGGCGGAUCCGAGGAGCCUGGGGAGAAACGCCCCAAGUUCCAUUUAAAUAUUAAGACACUGACGGAUGAUAUGUUGGACAAAUUUGCCAGCAUACGAAUUCCCGGGAGCAAAAAAGAGAGACCGCCGCUCUCCAACCUGAAGACUGCGUUUACAAGUAACGAUUGCUCAUCAGCAUCUUCAGAGAUGAUGGAAAACAACCCAAAGCCACUUUCAGAGAAUGAAGUCUUGGAACUUUUUGAAAAGAUGAUGGAAGAUAUGAAUUUAAAUGAAGAUAAAAAGGCACCAUUGCGGGAAAAGGACUUCAGUAUCAAAAAAGAAAUGGUGAUGCAGUACAUUAAUACUGCUUCUAAGACAGGAAGUCUUAAGAGUAGCCGACAGAUCGCCCCUCAGGAAUUCAUCCAUGAACUGAAAAUGGCAUCUGCAGAUGAGAAACUUGUCACAUGCUUGGAGUCCCUCCGUGUAUCUUUGACCAGUAACCCUGUCAGUUGGGUGCAAAGCUUUGGAUGUGAGGGACUUGGGUUAUUACUGGACAUUUUGGAAAGACUGAUUAAUGGCAAAAUCCAAGAAAAAGUUGUAAAGAAGAAUCAGCACAAAGUCAUACAGUGUCUAAAGGCCUUGAUGAAUACACAGUAUGGCUUGGAAAGAAUUAUGAGUGAAGAGAGGAGUCUUACUUUAUUGGCCAAAGCUAUUGAUCCUGAGCAUCCCGUUAUGAUGACAGAUGUGGUUAAACUACUCUCCGCAAUAUGCAUUGUAGGGGAGGAAAGCAUCCUUGAAGAAGUUUUGGAAGCUUUAACAUCAUCUGGAGAAGAAAGAAAAAUUGACAGGUUUUCUUCUAUUGUGGAAGGUCUUCGACACAAUUCAAUUCAACUACAAGUAGCUUGUAUGCAGCUCAUCAAUGCUCUUGUUACAUCUCCUGAUGAUUUGGACUUGAGACUUCACAUCAGAAAUGAAUUUAUGCGUUGUGGAUUAAAAGAGAUAUUUCCAAAUUUAAAACGUAUUAAGAAUGAUGGCCUGGAUAUCCAACUUAAAGUCUUUGAUGAGCAUAAAGAAGAAGAUUUGAUCGAGUUCUCCCAUCGCCUUGAAGAUAUUAAAGCUGAAUUUGAUGAAGCAUAUGAUGUUUACAACAUGGUGUGGAAUAUGGUUAAGGAAACUAGAGCAGAGGGAUAUUUCAUUUCUAUUCUUCAGCAUCUUUUGCUGAUUAGAAAUGAUGAUUUUAUAAGACAUCAAUACUUCAAAUUAAUUGAUGAGUGUGUAUCCCAGAUAGUAUUGCAUAGAGAUGGAAUGGAUCCAGACUUCACAUAUCGAAAAAGACUAGAUUUAGAUUUAAGUCAGUUUGUAGAUGUUUGCAUAGAUCAAGCAAAACUAGAAGAAUUUGAAGAGAAAGAAUCAGAACUUUACAAGAAAUUUGAAAAAGAGUUUACUGACCACCAAGAUACUCAGGCUCAAUUGCAGAAAAAAGAGGCAAAGAUUAAUGAGCUUCAAGCAGAAUUACAAGCUUUUAAAUCUCAGUUUGGUGCCUUGCCAGCUGAUGCAAGUACCUCUUUAAUCCAGUCAAAAGAAGAUGGGACUGGCCACCCAGGACUCCCUCCUCCUCCCCCACUUUCCUCUUGUGGAGGGUUGCCGCCUCCACCACCACCUCCCCCUCCCCCUCCACUUCCAGGAAUGCCAAUGCCAUUCGGUGGCCCCGUGCCUCCACCACCCCCCCUUGGAUUUCUCGGUGGACAAAACUCUCCCCCUCCACCAAUAUUGCCAUUUGGGUUGAAACCAAAGAAAGAAUUUAAACCAGAAACCAGCAUGAGAAGAUUGAAUUGGUUAAAGAUCAGACCUCAGGAAAUGACUGAAAACUGUUUCUGGAUAAAAGUAAAUGAAAAUAAGUAUGAAAAUGUGGAUUUGCUUUGUAAACUUGAGAAUACAUUUUGUUGCCAACAAAAAGAGAGAAGAGAAGAGGAAGGUUUUGAAGAGAAAAAAGCAAUUAAGAAAAAAAUUAAAGAACUUAAAUUUCUAGAUUCUAAAGUUGCUCAGAACCUUUCAAUCUUCCUGAGCUCUUUUCGGGUGCCAUAUGAGGAAAUCAAAAUGAUGAUAUUGGAAGUCAAUGAAACACAGUUGGCAGAGUCUAUGAUUCAGAACUUAAUAAAGCAUCUUCCUGAUCAAGAGCAAUUGAAUUCGUUAUCUCAGUUCAAGAGUGACUAUAGCAACUUAUGUGAACCUGAGCAGUUUGCUGUAGUGAUGAGCAAUGUGAAGAGACUACGGCCACGGCUCAGUGCUAUCCUCUUUAAGCUUCAGUUUGAAGAGCAGGUGAAUAACAUCAAACCUGACAUCAUGGCUGUCAGCACUGCCUGUGAAGAGAUAAAGAAGAGCAAAAGCUUUAGCAAGUUGCUGGAACUUGUAUUGCUAAUGGGAAACUACAUGAAUGCCGGCUCCCGGAAUGCUCAAACCUUUGGAUAUAACCUUAGCUCUCUCUGUAAACUGAAGGACACAAAAUCAGCAGAUCAGAAAACAACACUACUUCAUUUUCUGGUGGAAAUAUGUGAGGAAAAGUACCCGGAUAUCCUGAAUUUUGUGGAUGAUUUGGAACAUUUAGACAAAGCUAGUAAAGUCUCUGUAGAAAUGCUGGAAAAGAAUUUGAAGCAGAUGGGAAGGCAGCUUCAACAGCUUGAGAAAGAUUUGGAAACCUUUCCCCCUCCUGAGGACUCACAUGACAAGUUUGUGACAAAGAUGUCCAGCUUUGUUAUCAGUGCAAAAGAGCAAUAUGAGAAACUUUCCAAAUUACACGAGAACAUGGAAAAUUUAUACCAGAGUAUAAUGGAAUACUAUGCUAUUGAUGUGAAGAAGGUGUCCGUGGAAGACUUUUUGACCGACUUGAAUAACUUCAGAACCACAUUCAUGCAAGCAAUAAAGGAGAACAUCAAAAGAAAAGAAGCAGAGGAAAAAGAAAAACGUGCCAGAAUAGCCAAAGAGUUAGCAGAGAAAGAAAGACGUGAACGCCAGCAAAAGAAAAAGCGCUUAUUAGAAAUGAAGACUGAGGGUGAUGAGACAGGAGUGAUGGAUAGUCUGCUGGAGGCCCUGCAAUCGGGGGCUGCCUUCCGCGACCGAAGAAAAAGGACACCGAAGCCGAAAGAUAUUCGGCAGAGUCUCAGUCCGAUCUCUCAGAGGCCUGUUCUGAAAGUUUGUAACCAUGAAAAUCAGCAAGUGCAGUUGACAGAAGGGUCACAUUCACACUACAAUAUCAAUUGCAACUCAACAAGGACUGCAGUCGCCAAGGAGCUUAAUUAUAAUCUAGACACUCAUCCAUCUACAGGGAGGAUCAAGGCAGUUGAGAAGAAGGAAGCCUGUAAUGUAGAAAGCAACAGAAAAAAGGAAAUGGAACUUCUUGGCACUGUUUCUAAAAACGAAUCCAUUCCCGAAGUUGAAGCCCUGCUGGCAAGAUUACGAGCUUUAUAA